AUGCCGACCUCACCAUAUUCCCAAUCGCAUACAAUGGGCUUACCUAUCCUGCGCCAAUGUGCGCUUACUUCUUCCCGGAGGACUCUCAGGGUUCCAUCCCCGGUCUUUCUUGACUUCCUGGCCCCAUCGGCAAUCGGACACAAGCAAUGUCGCAACGCCUCAACCGCCACCGGAGGUGAACCCAAACCUCGAUAUGUUCUGAGCAAAGAACAGCGAGAAUUCAUGGAUAGCGCUCUUCGUGUCAAUCAAGCUGGAGAACUGGCCGCGACUCUGAUUUACACUGCACAAACACCCCAAAUCGUCCGCUCCUACCCGCACCUCCGGCCCUUGAUGAAACACAUGUACGACCAAGAAGCAGGGCACCUGAAAACGUUCAAUGGCCUUAUUCAAAAGCACCAAAUCCGUCCAACCGCCAUGUAUCCGGCGUGGGAGGUUGCUGCCACAUUCCUCGGGUGGUCGACUGCGGCGUUAGGUCGCGAGGCGGCGAUGGCUUGCACGGAGGCAGUUGAGACGGAGAUCGGAUCACACUACAACGACCAAGUACGCGAAAUCUUGUCAUGGGAGGCCGACGCUGCGCGCCGAGGCGAGGAAUUGGACGAGGAGCUUAAGGAAAUGCUGGCCACCUUCCGACGGAUUCGCGACGAGGAAUUGGAGCACCUCGACCACGCCGUGGCUAAUGACUCUAAGGAAGCCAAACCAUAUGACCCGCUUGUCGAUGUCAUUCGCUUUGGAUGCCGGGCUGCCAUCAAAAUCAGUGAGAAGAUUUAA